AUGACCAUGACGAUGAUGAGCCUUACCACGUCAUUACCAUACCAUAUUCAAAUCCUAGUAGUCUUUAUCAUCUCCAUAGCAACAAUCACUUCAUUGGGCCGAAUACUAUCAAGGCCCACCAAAACCAAAGACCGGUCUCGCCAGCUUCCUCCGGGCCCACCAGGAUGGCCCAUCCUCGGCAACUUACCGGAGCUAGCCAUGACUCGUCCAAGAACCAAAUACUUGCACCAAGCCAUGAAAGAGUUAAAGACAGAGAUCGCAUGUUUCAACUUCGCCGGAGUCAACGUGAUCACCAUACACUCCGACGAGAUCGCUAGAGAAGCGUUUAAAGAGCGAGACAUAGAUUUGGCCGACAGGCCUCAUCUUUUCGUCGUGCAGGCCAUCGGAAACAACAAAACAAUGGGUUUCUCUCCCUACAACGAACAGUUCACGAAGAUGAAAAGAGCGAUCACGACGGAACUUAUGUCCACUAAAACGUUGAACAUGUUGGUAGCUUCGAGAACCAUCGAAGCGGACAAUCUCAUUGCUUACGUUCACUCGAUGUAUCAACGGUCCGAGACGGUCGACAUUAGAGAAAUCUCGAGGGUUUAUGGUUACGCAGUGAUCAUGAGGCUGUUGUUUGGUAGGAGAAAUGUCACGGAAGAUAACGUUUUUUCGAACGAUGGAAGGUUAGGGGAAGAGGAAAAGAAGCAUCUCGAGGCGAUUUUCGGAACUUUAAACUGUUUGCCAAAUUUUUCUCCGGGGGAUUACUUGGAAAGAUGGUUUGGAGGUUGGAAUAUUGAAGGUCAAGGCAAGAGGGCGAGGUUGAAUAACAAUAUUGUUCGUAGUUACAACAAUCCAAUAAUUGACGAGAGAGUCGAGUUAUGGAGGAAAAAAGGCGGUAAGGCUGCUUUUGAAGAUUGGAUCGAUAUCUUCAUUACGCUAAAAGAUGAAAACGGAAACUACUUGAUCACGCCAGACGAAAUCAAAGCUCAAUGCGUUGAAUUUUGUAUAGCAGCGAUAGACAAUCCGGCAAAUAACAUGGAGUGGACACUUGCGGAAAUGUUAAAGAACCCGGAGAUACUCACAAAAGCUGUGAAGGAGUUAGACGAAGUGGUCGGAAAAGACAGGCUUGUUCAAGAAUCAGACAUACCAAAUCUAAACUACUUAAAAGCUUGUUGCAGAGAAACAUUUAGGAUUCACCCUAGUGCUCAUUAUAUCCCUACUCAUCUCGCACGUCAAGAUUCCACCCUCGCGGGUUACUUCAUUCCCAAAGGUAGCCACAUUCAUGUAGGCCGUCCUACACUAGGCCGUAACCCUAAGAUAUGGAAAGAUCCAAUGGUAUACAAGCCGGAGCGUCAUCUCGAAGGAGAUGGAAUCUCAAAAGAAGUUUCUCUAGUCGAAUCAGAGUUGCGUUUUGUCUCGUUUGGCACCGGUCGACGUGGCUGCGUCGGUGUUAAAGUCGGGACGAUCAUGAUGGUUAUGUUGUUGGCUAGGUUUCUUCAAGGAUUUAACUGGAAACUCCAUCCUGAUUUUGGACCUUUAAGCCUUGAGGAAGAUGAUGCAUUACUCAUGUCUAAGCCUCUUCUCUUGUCCGUCGAGCCACGUUUGUCACCGAACCUUUAUCCAAAAUUCCAGCCUUAG